AUGACCAAUAACAACACCACAAAAGACGAUGAAUAUGGAAUCCUAUUAUACUACAACUACACCAACAUCCCAAAUCUCACUGACCUCUCCACCUUCUACACCACCAACUGCACCUCCCUCUCUCUCCUCGGCCGCAUCCGCCUCUCCCCUCACGGAGUCAACGCCACAAUCGGCGGUCAACUCUCCUCUCUAAAACAACACAUCACCCAACUCACCCAAAACUACCCUUCCUUCACCUCAACCGAUUUCAAACUCUCAACAUCCACAAACCCUAAAAACAACAACAAAAUAGCACAAGAAACCGGUUUCACAUCUCUCUCAAUCCGAAUCGUUAAACAACUCGUCACUUUCACCUCCCGCCCAAUUCCCAACCCGCCCGAACUCUCAAUUUCAAACGCCGGGCAGCAUUUAUCUGCCCGAGAAUUCCAUUCCGUUCUUGAAACUGCCCGAGAUUCGGGAAAACAAAAUCUCGUGCUCUUAGAUGCGAGAAAUUUAUACGAAACAAGAAUCGGGAAAUUUUGUUCUCCAAAUUUUGAAACUUUGGAUCCGAAAAUCCGACAAUAUAGCGAUCUUUCUAAUUGGGUUGAUGAUAAUUCCGAAAAAAUACGCGGGAAACAGAUAUUAAUGUAUUGUACAGGUGGCAUUAGGUGUGAGGUGGCAUCUGCCUAUAUCAAAUCUAAAGGGGAGGGUUUUGAAAAUGUUUUUCAAUUAUACGGAGGAAUUCAAAGGUAUAUGGAAGAGUUUCCGGAAGGUGGGUUUUUCAAAGGAAAGAAUUUUGUUUUUGAUCAUAGGGUUUCGGUUGCCAGCUCAGAUCCAAGAAUCUUGGGGAGUUGUCUGGUUUGUGAAAUCCCGUUUGAUGAUUAUUCUUCUAGAAGCCGAUGCAAUUACUGUCGGAUGUUGGUGUUGGUGUGCCACGCGUGCGAGGGUAAAAAUGGAAAGUUAUUUGUUUGUGAGUUAUGUCAGAAACAUGGUAAGCUUGUUGAACAUGGAAAAAAUUCAAAUGUCAUUAUUGCCCCUCGGAAAAAACUUAGGAUUUUAUGCUUACAUGGUUUCAGACAAAACGCGUCUAGUUUCAAAGGGCGAACCGCGUCUUUUGUUAAAAAACUAAAAAACAUCGCCGAGUUUGUUUACAUCGACGCGCCACAUCAGCUUCGGUUCAUUUACCAAGAGAAAGAAAACGCUGACGUGGCAUUCGCGCAACCGAAAUCCGGAUGCAAUAGAAAGUACGCGUGGCUUAUCGAUCCGAAUGAUGACGUGGACGAAGGUGGGGACACGGGUACGGAUUGGGAAACGGGUGGGGCCCACCGUUUUGAUUGUAGACAGUACGAGCGUCAGACUGGCGGUUUUGAUGAGUCGUAUGUUUAUUUGAGAGAAAAAGUGGCGGAAGAAGGACCGUUUGAUGGGGUUUUGGGGUUUUCACAAGGGGCGGCUAUGGCGGCUUGUGUUGCUUUGAAAGGUGAGAUGGGUUUUAGAUUUGUGAUAUUGUGUUCGGGGUAUUUUGGUAAUUUUGGGGAGUUUGGUGAGGGGAGUUUGAUUAAGUGUCCUUCGCUUCAUAUAUAUGGGAGUGAUAAUGGGAAAGAUAGACAAAUAGGGUUUGAUGAGAGUAGAAGACUUGCUUUGAUGUUUGAGGAGGGGUGUUCGGUUAUGGUGGAACAUGAUUUUGGUCAUAUUAUUCCUACAAAGUCACUGUAUAUUGAUACGAUUAAAGAUUUUCUUCAACGAUUUCUUUAG